GGCCCCGCCCCCAACGGCCGCGCCCGCCCCGCCCCGCCGCCAGGCCGCGCGCCCCGCUCCCCAUCCGGCAGCUCGGCGCGCGGCUGCCCCCGCUGGCGGAAGUGACGCUCAGGGGCGGUAGGCGAGCGCCGAGCGGAGCUGAUGUAACCGGGAGACGCCGCCGCCAUGGAGGCCGCGCCCGGCCCGCAGGAGAAGUAUCACCUCAUCACCCGGAACCUGCAGGAGGUGCUGGGGGAGGAUAAGCUCAUGUCCAUCCUGAAGGAAAGAGAGUUGAGGAUCUACUGGGGGACAGCCACCACAGGCAAGCCGCACGUGGCCUACUUUGUGCCAAUGUCCAAGAUCGCAGACUUCCUGAAGGCAGGAUGCGAGGUGACGAUACUCUUCGCUGAUCUCCAUGCUUACUUAGACAACAUGAAGGCCCCCUGGGAGUUGCUGGAGUUGCGCACCCGCUACUACGAGAACGUGAUCAAAGCCAUGCUGGAGAGCAUUGGAGUGCCCCUGGAAAAGCUGAAGUUUGUCCGGGGCACCGACUACCAGCUCAGCAAGGAGUACACGCUGGACGUGUACCGCCUCUCGUCCGUGGUCACGCAGCACGACGCGAAGAAGGCGGGAGCUGAGGUGGUGAAGCAGGUGGAGCACCCCUUGCUGAGCGGUUUGCUCUACCCAGGCCUGCAGGCCCUGGAUGAGGAGUACCUCAAGGUUGACGCACAGUUCGGAGGAGUUGAUCAGAGGAAGAUUUUCACCUUUGCAGAGAAGUACCUUCCUUCUCUGGGCUAUGCCAAGCGCGUCCAUUUGAUGAACCCGAUGGUUCCUGGUCUAACAGGCAGCAAAAUGAGCUCAUCAGAAGAGGAGUCAAAGAUCGACCUUCUAGACCGCAAGGAGGAUGUGAAGAAGAAGUUGAAGAAGGCCUUCUGCGAGCCAGGAAAUGUGGAGAACAACGGCGUCCUCUCCUUCAUCAAACACGUCCUCUUUCCUCUCAAGUCAGAGUUUGUGAUUCUGCGAGAAGAAAAAUGGGGAGGAAACAAAACCUACACAGCCUACGAAGCCUUGGAGAAGGACUUUGCUGAGCAGGUCGUACAUCCUGGAGACCUAAAGAAUUCAGUGGAAGUGGCCCUGAACAAGCUGCUUGACCCCAUCAGAGAGAAAUUCAACAACCCAGAGCUGAAGAAGCUAACCAACGCAGCGUAUCCCGACCCUUCCAAAGCCAAGCCCGCAGAGAAGGGCACCAAGAACUCGGAGCCAGAGAACGUGGUCCCAUCUCGGCUGGACAUCCGCGUUGGCAAAGUGAUCAGCGUGGAAAAGCAUCCGGAUGCGGACAGCCUGUACGUGGAGAAAAUCGACGUGGGCGAGCCCGAGCCUCGCACCGUGGUCAGCGGCCUGGUGCAGUUUGUCCCCAGGGAGCAGCUGCAGGACAGACUGGUGGUGCUGCUCUGCAACCUCAAGCCCCAGAAGAUGAGGGGAGUGGAGUCGCAGGGCAUGGUGCUGUGCGCUUCCAGUGUGGGGGAGCCGCGGCAGGUGGAGCCCCUGGACCCACCAGCCGGGUGCUGCGCCGGGGAGCGCGUCUACGUGGAGGGCUACGAGGGCGGGGAGCCUGACGACGAGCUCAAGCCGAAGAAGAAGGUCUUUGAGAAGCUGCAGGCUGACUUCCGCGUCUCCCAGGACUGCGUUGCCCAGUGGAAGCAGAGGAACUUCCUGACCAAGCUGGGGAGCAUCUCGUGUAAAACCCUGAAGGGGGGGAGCAUCGGCUAACGAGCGCCAGAGCCACCGCUCGUACUUCCCGCCUGGCUCCCUCCACCGCUCCGGCCAGGCUCUCCUCCCCGGCCCACUGCCAUCUCUCCUCCCACAGCGCCCCGAGCAGGGGGCUCAGCCCUGAGGGACCCAGGGGUUUGGGGACUGCGACCCCCCCCACCCCUUGUGAUAGCGCGAGGCCUCCUGGAGAGCUGCCUCCGCCACCCCCCUCACCCUGGGCCUGCUCGGGCCUGUGCCUCGGGCCAGUUCUGGGGACUCGUGGUGUCACCGCGGCUAAGGGACCCGUGUGACGUGUGCGCUGUGUCUCCAAGCUUCCCACCAGGGCCGUAGGCUCGCCCUCCGCUGUGCCACAGCCUGGAAGCCCUGCCCGCUGGUCCUGUCCCCGGGACGGCGCAGUCGGGGGAAGCAACGGGGGUUAAAAGGGAAGGCUGCUUGCUCAAACCUGUGUUGCUGCUAAGGGGGCUGGGGCAGCUGCCUGGCAGCCAGGCAGGCCCCCUCCCCUCUGCCCGAGCAGCCCCCGCUCCCCGCUCAGCCUGCCGGAGGCCGGGGCCCUGCCCGUGCUGCUCUCCCGCGGGGGCCGGCGGGGGGUGCGGGCUCUGCAUGGCCGCAGGGGGCACGAGCCCUAAACACUGACUCGGGAACCAUGUCUGUCAUGAACCCAAAUAAAGCGUCGAUGUGACUGCA